AUGCUGGCGUUCGACACGAAGACGGAUGAGCCACCCGCGACGUGCAAUACGGAGAACGGGCUCGGGCUCGUGCAAAUGCACAAUGCGAGGACCCGCCCGCUUGUGCGAUUCGCGAGUAUUGUCACGCCCGCCCCGGUGCGUAAGCUCGAAGCUCAGGCUGCCGCACAAGCCGUUGGACUAGCCGCGAAGGCUUUAGCCAGCACACCGAUGCGGGCCCAACAAGGAAUACAGGGAGGCAGGAUAUCCCCGCGCGCGUCCGUCCUCACAGCAAUCGACAUGCACACUUCCGAGCGUGCCCGCCCAGGCUUCCUGCCUCCACCUCUCUCGCGCCCGGACAGCCUCUCAAUGCGUCAAGCCCCACAGCAAAGCCGCCCUCAGGACGAUCGCAAGGUAGUUCAACUUCUCCCGGCACGUCGCAACCACCUGGCCCCAGCUGAUAAGCCGGAUGGCGUGUUCGCAUACCUGAGCAAUGCACAUACCUCGCCCCCUCGCCCCCGAGUCGCCGACCGCACGACCGCACUGCUCGAAGAACAGCGAGCCCGACCAGGCGUGAGGCACACGCGUGAGGCACGCGCGCAAGCCGCACCGAAGCUGGAACUGCACCGGCACACGCUACGGUUCAACAACCCCGGAUAUCCGCCUGGGGGCACCCCACAGCAUGCGCAACUCGAGGAACCGUUCAGAGGGAGGAAGGAGGGAUACUACCAACUACGGUGA